UAGACUUUUUUUAAGCAACCAUAAAGCAGACAGCUUAGUUCAAAAAAUCCGUUUCGGAAGAUGUCACUGAACAACUCUUCCAAUGUAUUUCUGGAUUCCGCACCCAGUAAUGCCAAUCGCUUUCAAGUUAAUGUCAUAAAUGAGAGCCAUGAGAGCAGUGUGGCUGUGAAUGACAACACCGACCCUCCACAUUAUGAGGAAACCUCUUUUGGGGAUGAAGGCCAGAACAGAUUCAGAAUCAGCUUCAGACCUGGGAAUCAGGACCGCUAUGACAACUUCCUCCAAACUGGAGAAACUGCUAAAACAGAUGCCAGCUUUCAUGCUUAUGAUUCUCACACAAACACAUACUACCUACAAACCUUUGGCCACAACACCAUGGAUGCUGUUCCCAAGAUCGAGUACUAUCGCAACACUGGCAGCAUUAGUGGGCCCAAGGUCAACCGACCCAGCCUGCUUGAGAUUCACGAGCAACUGGCAAAGAACGUAUCAGUGGCCCCGGGUUCAGCUGACGUGGUUGCCAACGGGGAUGGGAUGCCUGGCGAUGAACAAGCUGAAAACAAGGAAGAAGACCAAGCCGGUGUCGUCAAGUUUGGAUGGGUGAAAGGUGUGCUGGUAAGAUGUAUGCUGAAUAUCUGGGGUGUCAUGCUCUUCAUUCGCCUCUCCUGGAUUGUUGGAGAAGCUGGGAUCGGUCUUGGAGUUCUCAUAAUUCUUCUUUCCACCAUGGUAACUUCUAUUACUGGGUUGUCAACUUCUGCAAUAGCAACUAACGGGUUUGUUCGUGGAGGUGGGGCCUACUACCUUAUUUCCAGAAGCUUAGGGCCCGAGUUUGGUGGGUCUAUAGGCUUGAUCUUUGCUUUUGCCAAUGCAGUGGCUGUUGCUAUGUAUGUGGUGGGAUUUGCUGAGACUGUGGUAGAUCUUCUUAAGGAGAGUGAUUCGAUGAUGGUGGAUCCAACCAAUGACAUCCGGAUAAUAGGCUCCAUCACAGUGGUGAUUCUUUUGGGAAUUUCAGUAGCUGGAAUGGAAUGGGAAGCAAAGGCUCAGGUGAUUCUUCUGAUCAUUCUUCUCAUUGCUAUUGCAAACUUCUUCAUUGGAACUGUCAUUCCAUCCAACAAUGAGAAAAAGUCCAGAGGUUUCUUUAAUUACCAAGCAUCAAUAUUUGCAGAAAACUUUGGGCCAAGCUUCACAAAAGGUGAAGGCUUCUUCUCUGUCUUUGCCAUUUUUUUCCCAGCAGCAACUGGGAUUCUUGCUGGUGCCAAUAUCUCGGGAGAUUUGGAGGAUCCCCAAGAUGCUAUCCCCAGAGGGACCAUGCUGGCCAUCUUCAUCACCACUGUCGCCUACAUAGGAGUUGCUAUUUGUGUUGGGGCCUGUGUGGUCCGAGAUGCCACCGGGAGCGUGAAUGACACCAUCAUUUCUGGGAUGAACUGCAAUGGUUCAGCAGCCUGUGGGUUAGGCUACGACUUCUCAAGAUGUCGACAUGAACCAUGUCAGUAUGGGCUGAUGAACAAUUUCCAGGUCAUGAGCAUGGUGUCAGGGUUUGGCCCCCUCAUCACUGCUGGCAUCUUUUCUGCAACACUCUCCUCAGCCCUGGCCUCCCUCGUCAGCGCACCCAAAGUUUUCCAGGCUCUGUGCAAGGACAACAUCUACAAAGCCCUGCAGUUCUUUGCAAAGGGAUAUGGGAAAAACAAUGAGCCCCUGAGAGGAUACUUUCUCACUUUUGUUAUAGCCAUGGCGUUCAUUCUUAUUGCGGAACUGAAUACCAUUGCUCCCAUCAUCUCCAACUUUUUCCUGGCCUCAUAUGCACUUAUUAAUUUCUCCUGCUUUCAUGCCUCUUAUGCCAAAUCUCCAGGAUGGAGACCUGCAUACGGUAUUUACAACAUGUGGGUAUCUCUUUUUGGAGCUAUUCUGUGCUGUGCAGUCAUGUUUGUCAUCAACUGGUGGGCAGCUGUCAUCACCUAUGUCAUUGAGUUCUUCCUCUAUAUCUAUGUGACUUACAAGAAGCCAGAUGUGAACUGGGGCUCCUCCACGCAGGCUCUUUCCUACGUGAGUGCUUUAGACAAUGCUCUGGAACUAACUACAGUGGAAGACCAUGUGAAAAAUUUCAGGCCCCAGUGCAUUGUCUUAACAGGGGGACCCAUGACAAGACCUGCUCUCUUGGAUAUAACUCACGCCUUCACCAAGAACAGUGGCCUUUGCAUCUGCUGUGAAGUCUUUGUGGGACCGCGCAAGCUGUGUGUUAAAGAGAUGAACAGUGGCAUGGCAAAAAAGCAGGCCUGGCUUAUAAAAAACAAAAUCAAGGCUUUUUAUGCAGCAGUGGCAGCAUAUUGUUUCAGGGACGGUGUCCGAAGUCUCCUUCAGGCCUCAGGCUUAGGAAGAAUGAAACCAAACACUCUGGUGAUUGGAUACAAAAAAAACUGGAGGAAGGCUCCCCUGACAGAGAUUGAAAACUACGUGGGAAUCAUACAUGAUGCGUUUGAUUUUGAGAUUGGUGUUGUCAUAGUCAGAAUCAGCCAAGGGUUUGACAUCUCCCAGGUUCUUCAGGUGCAAGAUGAAUUAGAGAAAUUAGAACAGGAGAGACUGGCUUUGGAAGCCACUAUCAAAGAUAAUGAAUGCGAAGAAGAAAGUGGAGGCCUCCGAGGCUUGUUUAAAAAAGCUGGCAAGCUGAACAUUACUAAGCCAACUCCCAAAAAAGAGAACAGCAUUAACACAAUCCAGUCGAUGCAUGUGGGGGAGAUCAACCAGAAACUGGUGGAAGCCAGCACCCAAUUUAAAAAGAAGCAAGGAAAAGGCACAAUUGAUGUUUGGUGGUUGUUUGAUGAUGGAGGGUUAACACUCCUUAUCCCCUAUAUCUUGACUCUCAGAAAAAAAUGGAAAGACUGUAAAUUAAGAAUCUAUGUCGGAGGGAAGAUCAAUCGCAUUGAAGAAGAAAAGAUUACAAUGGCUUCCCUCCUGAGCAAAUUUAGGAUAAAAUUUGCAGACAUCCAUGUCAUUGGUGACAUCAACAUUAAGCCAAACAAAGAAAGCUGGAAAUUCUUUGAAGAAAUGAUUGAACCAUAUCGUCUCCAUGAAAGCUGCAAAGAUUUAACAACUGCUGAGAAAUUGAAGAGAGAAACUCCGUGGAAAAUUACAGAUGCAGAACUGGAAGCAGUCAAGGAAAAGAGUUACCGCCAAGUUCGACUGAACGAACUCUUACAGGAGCACUCAAGAGCUGCUAAUCUCAUAGUCCUGAGCCUUCCAGUGGCAAGAAAAGGAUCUAUAUCAGAUUGGUUGUACAUGGCUUGGUUGGAAAUCCUCACGAAGAACCUCCCUCCUGUCUUACUAGUUAGAGGAAAUCACAAAAAUGUCCUGACGUUUUAUUCUUAA